AGCCAGUCGAGGGCCUAGGCGCAGACGCACUACGCCAAGCAGCCGAUGAUGGCGGCAGCGGCGGCGGUGGCUGCGGCGGGUCCGGGCCCAUGAGGCGACGACGGAGGCGGGACGGCUUUUACUCAGCGCCAGACUUCCGAGACCAGGAAGCUGAGGACAUGGCAGGAGUGUUUGACAUAGACUUGGACCAGCCAGAGGACGCGGGCUCUGAGGAUGAGCUGGAGGAGGGGGGUCAAUUAAAUGAAAGCAUGGACCAUGGGGGAGUUGGACCAUAUGAACUUGGCAUGGAACAUUGUGAGAAAUUUGAAAUCUCAGAAACUAGUGUGAACAGAGGGCCAGAAAAAAUCAGACCAGAAUGUUUUGAGCUACUUCGGGUACUUGGUAAAGGAGGCUAUGGAAAGGUUUUUCAAGUACGAAAAGUAACAGGAGCAAAUACUGGGAAAAUAUUUGCCAUGAAGGUGCUUAAAAAGGCAAUGAUCGUAAGAAAUGCUAAAGAUACGGCUCAUACAAAAGCAGAACGGAAUAUUCUGGAGGAAGUAAAGCAUCCCUUCAUUGUGGAUUUAAUUUAUGCCUUUCAGACUGGUGGAAAACUCUACCUCAUCCUUGAGUAUCUUAGUGGAGGAGAACUAUUUAUGCAGUUAGAAAGAGAGGGAAUAUUUAUGGAAGAUACAGCCUGGCCUUGGGUGGACCGCCUCUUCACGCCAGUUCCUUACAGAACCAUUCUCAUUGGGGCUUUCUUUCCUUGAAUUGACUUUCCAAUUCCCAAGGUGCAGUCUUAGGGAAGUGAGUAAACCUGCACACAUCAUCCGUGGAUUGAUUCUAUGGCCAGGAUGGGAUCUACCCUCCUCUUUUGUUUCUUGGGAGGGUAUCUGCUUCAAAUUAAAAAUAUAAACAUCCUUUUGUGAGAUGACUAUGGGUAACAGUAAAUCAGUUUGUCCUACACAUUAAGUGAAUAGAAAACACUUAAAUGUUUUUUUUCCCCUACCUUAAUUACCAAACUGCAUUCCAUUGUUUGAUUUCAGGCCUUUUCUAACACAGAAGCUGCAUUUAAAGAACCUUAGGGACGAAGUGCCCUUUUUUGGAGGAGGCUCUCUGAGCUAUCUUGGCUGUGUUUGUGGUCCUGCUGGCUGUGAAACUGCCUCAGUCCUCUAGGACACACCCUCUCCAUCCUGGAGUUAUCUGCAGCAUUGCAACAUUGUUAUGCAGCCAGUAUUGCAGUGCCUUGUGCUAUUGGAAUGCAGACAGGGUUGACUCAGCCCUUUAUUCUUUUGAGGUAGAUAAAUUUGAGUGUCACACAGUUUGUAGUUGUGGGCUGGCUGGCUGGCAAGAGGGAGGGCAAAUACUUCGGGUAUGAGCUGUAUUAAAAAUAUGCAGCUGUAUUACAUAAGGGAUAAGAGGGGGGAGGAGUUAAGGGUCAGGUAUUAAGGAAUCUUUUGACUUAAGACAAAUCUUUGAGAAUAAUGAAGUUCCUAUUUCUCAGGGGAUUUUAAAGUUGGGGGUGGGUGGGAGAAAUUUGUUUUAGUCUCAUUGACUUUUGGCCCAGUUCUUAGACGGAACAAAAUCAUCACCAUUGACAGUUUGGCAUAUUCUGUACUUUGCAACUUCAGCAUUUCAAACAAUGAAACAAAGCAAUUAAUAAUUUCACUAAAUAAGUGAAACAUAAAUAUCCAUGCCUUUUGGCAGCAUCCUUUGUCAUCUCUUUUUCCCCAUACCCACCCCCACCCCCACUAAUCUUAGUCUUUGGUGCAUGU